AUGGGAACGGGCGAUGGAUGCUGGAUUGCCGGCGUCUGUUCCGUAGGGAAGGGGGUGUUGUCAUCUCUCUCACAGGCCCUCAUCGCCCUCUUCUCAGGCGGCAGCAUGCUGGGGCUCCAAGGGCUGCGGCUCCCACCGGCGGGAUUCCUGCUUCUGUUGCCAUUCCUGCUGUUGCUGCUACUGCCGGCAGCCCCCGCGCCCCACCGGGUUUCCUACAAGCCGGUCAUCGUGGUGCAUGGGCUCUUUGACAGCUCGUACAGCUUCCGCCACCUGCUGGAAUACAUCAACGAGACACAUCCCGGAACUGUGGUGACAGUGCUUGAUCUCUUCGAUGGGAGAGAGAGUUUGCGGCCCCUGUGGGAACAGGUGCAAGGGUUCCGAGAGGCUGUGGCCCCCAUCAUGGCAAAGGCCCCUCAAGGGGUGCAUCUCAUCUGCUACUCGCAGGGGGGCCUGGUGUGCCGGGCACUGCUCUCUGUGAUGGAUGAACACAAUGUGGACUCUUUCAUCUCUCUCUCCUCUCCACAGAUGGGACAGUAUGGAGACACGGACUAUUUGAAGUGGCUAUUCCCUACCUCCAUGAGGUCUAACCUCUACCGGAUCUGCUAUAGCCCCUGGGGCCAGGAAUUCUCCAUCUGCAAUUACUGGCACGACCCCCAUCAUGAUGACUUGUACCUCAAUGCCAGCAGUUUCCUGGCCCUGAUCAAUGGGGAAAGAGACCAUCCCAAUGCUACUGCUUGGCGGAAGAACUUUCUUCGUGUGGGCCGCCUGGUGCUGAUUGGGGGCCCUGAUGAUGGUGUCAUUACCCCCUGGCAGUCCAGCUUCUUUGGUUUCUAUGAUGCAAAUGAGACGGUCUUGGAGAUGGAAGAGCAACUGCCUGCGUAGCCCGCCCACCAGUCUGAGCUGCUACUGCUGAGGCUGGUCGGCCUGAAGUCUCCUGGACAGAGGCACAGACAGCUGAAGAGUCUGGAAUUAAGGAGAAUCAUGGGGUCCAGGGCUGAGCUGCACACCCUCUUAGGUGGACUCUCAUUCCUCCUGCUACUGAUGUCAGGCCAGGGGGCCAAGGGUGGCUCCUUCAAAGAGAGUCAGGGGGUCUGCUCCAGGCAGACGCUGGUGGUCCCACUCCGUUACAAUGAGUCCUACAGCCAACCGGUAUAUAAGCCCUACUUGACCCUGUGCCCUGGAAGGCGUGUCUGCAGCACCUACAGGACCACCUACCGCGUGGCCUGGCGGGAGGUGCGGCGAGAAGUGCAGCAGACCCACGCCGUGUGCUGCCAGGGCUGGAAAAAGCGGCAUCCCGGGGCGCUCACCUGUGAUGAAGCCAUCUGCGCCAAGCCCUGCCAGAACGGAGGCGUCUGCGUGCGGCCGGACCAGUGCGAGUGCGCCCCGGGCUGGGGGGGGAGGCACUGUCACGUGGACGUGGAUGAAUGUAGAACUGGCGUCACUCUCUGUUCGCACCGGUGCCACAAUACGGCAGGCAGCUUCACCUGUGGCUGCCCCCACGGUCUGGUGCUGGGCCCCGAUGGGCGCACCUGCGCAGAGGGGGCCUCAGAGCCCCCAACCAGUGCCAGCAUCCUCAGUGUGGCUGUUCGGGAAGCUGGACGUGAAGAGCGUGCUCUGAGGCGGGAGAUCCGCGAGCUGCGAGGGCGCCUGGAGCGGCUGGAGCAGUGGGCAGGUCAGGCUGGGGCCUGGGUCCGAGCCGUGCUGCCCAUGCCGCCUGAAGAGCUGCAGCCCGAACAGGUGGCGGAGCUGUGGGGCCGGGGCGACCGGAUCGAGUCUCUCAGUGACCAGGUGCUGCUGCUGGAGGAGAGGCUAGGCGCCUGCUCCUGUGAGGACAACAGCCUGGGCCCAGGCCUCAGUCGGCGGAGAUAAGGCGCUUCUGCAGGGCCCCUGCCCCCCUAAUUUAUACAGAAACUGGAUCCACUAAUCCUCUGGGAUUGGCCAGCUGGGGAGCUGCAGAUAAGGGUAUCUGCCCCUAAGGAGCAAUGAACAGUGGACACUUUGGAAAACUGAAGACGGGAGGAGGGCAGGUUGUCUUGGCCCACCUCCGAGUCUGCCCGCUGGGACAGACGCCUGGGUGAGGACUGCUUUUUUAACUCCUUAACAAACGCAGCCAGAAAGUGCCCAGAUCUCUCUCAAUCUUUAUUCUUGGUUUCUUGCUGUUAUCCAGAUAAUUAAUAAAAAUCAACCGCACAAAACUGGG